AUGUCGAGGGCAGUGCAGCGCCCUGGGGGAGCAGCGCCAAAGCGCACUGAGAUAACAGAUGACGGUGGUGAGUUUCAUUCCUACUUCGACUCCCCCGAGCUUCGAAAUGUACACAAAACUGACAAGACCUCAGACAUUUGUCCUGUCUGCAAAUCCUCACGGUACCUUAAUCCUCAGAUGAAGUUUUUGGUAAACCCAGAAUGCUAUCACAAGAUGUGCGAGUCCUGCGUGGACCGUAUCUUUUCCUCUGGACCCGCCCCGUGUCCUAUAGCAGGGUGCAGACGGACACUGCGCAAGGCGAAGUUUCGAGCUCAGACGUUUGAAGACGUUUUUGUUGAAAGAGAAGUUGAUAUAAGACGAAGGGUCGCCAAAGUAUUCAACCGCUGCGAAGAAGACUUUGAAACCCUGCUCGAUUAUAACGACUACCUAAAUGAUGUUGAAGAUAUCACUUACAACCUGAUCAAUGGGAUAGAUGUGGAGGCAUCUGAGAAAAAGUUACAGGGCUAUGCGGAGGCGAACAGGCAGCUUAUCGAUGAUAACGAAAACAGGGCUAGAAAGGCGGCAACAACAUAUGCAGCCCGCCAAGCUCAGGUGAAGGAGCAAUCACGCCUCAGACGAGAGGCGAAUAUGCGCGAAGAAGAGCGUGAACGGCAGGAAAGGCUGGAGGGUCAACGAAAUAUCAUCAACCAGCUGGCGUCGCGCGAUGGUGAUGCUGAGCAGAUUGUACGGGAAGGCCAAAUUGGCCUCAAGAGACGGCACAAAACGGCCAUCCCAGAUCGUCGAAAACCGUCCGCCUCGGCCACGAAAGCGGAAGAUGGAAAACUACUCUACAGGGGCCUCAAGAAGAAGACAGAAGUCGAACCAGAAAGGCCAUUUUCGCCCUACGCUGGACUUAGGAUUGCGAAUGAAUAUUCCGUGGUUCAAGACCAUUAUGACGCCCCGUGGCUCAGUUUCGCUUGGCAAGACGAACGAUACCUGGCUGGCGGCUUCAAGAUUGGAGACUUUUACAGCAGAGUGUUCAGCGAAGCGUUUGCUGGGCUGAGUGUAUUCGUCGAUGAGGAAGUCGCUGGUCGUAAUCUCACCGGGUCGUUUUCAGCUACAGAAGGUGCAGUAGCGGCAGCUGAUCAGGAUGUGAACAUGAGUGAUGAUAUAUUUUGA